UCUAAGCAUUAUGCGUGUCUAUAUAUAUGUGCACACAGGAAACCUCGACCUGUCUCUCAGCUGGUUGCACAACAGGUUCCUCAGCAAUUCGUGCCCCCUACACAAUCAAAGAAAGAGAAAAAAGACAAAGUAGAAAAGGAAAAAAGUGAAAAGGAAGCAACAAGCAAAAAGAACAGUCAUAAGAAAACCAGGCCAAGGUUGAAAAAUGUGGAUCGAAGUAGCGCUCAGCAUUUGGAAGUUACCGUUGGAGAUCUGACAGUCAUAAUUACAGACUUUAAGGAGAAAACUAAGUCACCACCUGCUUCCAGUGCUGCUUCUGCAGAUCAACACAGUCAGAGUGGUUCUAGCUCUGACAACACAGAGAGGGGAAUGUCCAGGUCGUCUUCACCCAGAGGAGAAGCGUCAUCACUGAAUGGGGAAUCUCAUUAAAGUUUAUUUCCUCCAGUUUCUUUAGUCUCUCCUCUUCAAAACAUGCAAAUACAGAACUUCUGUCACCUGUUACCACAUUUUCAUGACAGAUUAUUUAUGCACAAUUGGUAUGUUGACUGGAACAUAAUUUAUGCAGUUUCAAAAAAAAAAAAAAAAAGAAGAAAGUGCAGUGGUAGAAACAAUAAUUUAAAUGCACUCUACAAAUGCUUACAAAGCAUUUUCAGACCAACUUUUUAAUCUUCAUGUGUAAAGGUGCCAUGAAAAUGUGGUUUGAAUGUUCAUUAUGCAGUGUUAUUGGUAAGUCCAUGUUCACUUUUAGUUUAGUGAAUUCUAACACAACUCUUGGAGUCUCUACUAUUGGCAUGUACUGAAUUUAAAUUUUUAUAACAUAGUUCAAGCUGCCUAAAUAUGUAUUAUUUGAGAAUUGUGAAACAUAGUUAUAUGUAUGCAAGUCAAAGAUCAACUUAAUCAACUAUUGCUGCAACAGAAUUUUCAUAAUAAUUAUCUUAAAAACACCUGCUGGUACUUGGUGUGGUUAAAUAGGAAAAAUGUUAUUAAAUAAAACAUUUGUAUGAAUUUUUGCCAAUGUUUGACACAUUUUACUAGAUUACUGUUACUGAAUUAUGUUGAAGGUUUUACCAAUAUUUUUUCACACUUAAAACACUUAUUGUAAUGUUUACAAGCAAAAUAGAAAGCACGUUCUAAGCAUUGAUUGGUUAACCUUACAAUUCAGGUGAAGUACUACGUUGUCACUGUACACUGGUAUUCUAUGUUUUUAACAAAUAUUGAACCUGAGAUGAUGAUGCAUUUGGCAGAAACUAACAUUUGGAAAUAUGAAAGUUUGGAAAAGCUUUAAAAAUAACAGAAGUGCAGUUCUCAUUUCUGUUUAGUGCUGUUUCCUUGCCCCAAAUUUAUCUAGUGUCAUAUAGUCACUUCAUUUCGUUACUGGAAUAUCAGGUGUUGCACAAGAAUAAGGAAAUAACAAUACGAUUAUUUUUUUUGUUCCUGAAUCAACUUCUUAAAUAUUGAUUUGGCCUAUUAGAAUAUAUUAUGUCAUAAAUCAUAUGAAAAAACUCAGUACCCUACUUUAUGGCAUAAACUGUCAACAUUUACGCACUUAGCAAUAUACUGAUAUGGAGCAGAACUAUUUACAAUCCCAUCUGGUAUUAUGUAAAAUUAACAAUAAAAUAUUUUUGUGACUACAGAUUUUGCAUUUUUGUUUACAACCAAUAAGUGUUUUGAUACACACGUACAGUCUAUGUAUAGAUUUUAAAUUAUAGAUUCGGGUUCAGUACAAAAGUCCAUUUAGCUCGUUUUAGUGAGGUAGUCCACUUACACUCCUGUGAGUCUUUUCUUUUUCAUUCAAAGUAAAUAUAUUUUUAAGCCCAUGUAACAGUUGGAUGGACCUUCUUGGUAGUGAAUCCAGCCCCAAAUUAUUACCAACGUAUAUGUCUUCUUAACAGCUAAAACAAUGGAUUUUUGUAGCCCCUAACAAUUGUGAUGUUUGGUGGUUUCUUGUAGUAAUGUAUUUUUCUGUUUUAAAUGCAGUACUUCUACAGGCACAAUGGUACUGUUCUAUUUUGUAAGAUGCUAGUUGUGAAAUACAGUUAGUUGCAUAAAAUGAAAGUCUGAUGUGAUAUCUGAGAACAUACAUACCUCAUUCCUUGGUGUUGCUGUUGAAACUUUUUAGACAUCAAAUGUUAAUUAUAGGCUAUUUCAGAUGGAUAACUACUGACCUGUUUAUUAUGUAUUCUGCUUUAUCUUACUAAAUAGGAUGUCUGUUCAUUGCCGUUACCUGGCCAAAUCUUAAUAUCUGUAAAAA